AUGAAAGAGGCACUAGUAUCAACAGUCUCAAGAAAUGUUGUAUUGAACUGUAUACGAGAACAAAAGCGUCUUGAUUGUCGUGCACUUAAUGAAACUCGAAAAAUUAAAAUUGAUUUUCGACAACAUCCUGGUUGUGUCUCUGUUACUUUUGGUCGUACAUGUGUAAUUGCUCAAGUAUCAUGUCGUAUUACAAAACCAAAAGAAUCUCGACCCUGCGAAGGACAUAUAAGGAUUCAUGUUGAUUUAACAAAAAUACCUCUAAUGAAUUUAGAACAAUGGAAACAUCAGGAAUUUGCCCAAGAAAUAAAUUCGAUUUUAGAACAGAAUAUACGUCAUGCAGGAUGUAUUGAUUUGGAAUCAUUGUGUAUAAAUGCUGGAGAAUUGGUUUGGUCAAUUAAAGUUGACAUUGUCGUGUUGAAUAAUUGUGGAAAUAUUUUGGAUUGUGCCAGUAUUGCUGCACUUUGUGCAUUAUAUCAUUAUCGUGUUCCAGAAGUCAGUGUUCACGGUUCCAGUGUACGAGUGUAUGGACACAAUGAACGAAAACCACGACCAUUGCGUGUUUUACAUUUUCCAUUAAAUGUAAUGUUUGCAUUUUUUUGCGAUGGACGUUUUACAGUGAUUGAUCCAAGUGAUGAAGAAGAAAAAGUGAUGGAUGGCUUUGUGGCUGUGGCAAUGAAUACUCAUAAUGAAAUAUGUGGAAUCAAAUUAAGUGGAAAACUUGGACUCAGAAAAGAUCAGAUUGAAGUGUGUAAACAAAUAGCUUAUUCUAAAACUGCUGAAUUAACUGACAUUAUUCGACAUGCAGUUAACGAUUAUUACAAAAAGGGUGAAGCAGUUGUUAAUCAUCACUUAUGUACGGAUAGAGAAGAUGAGAAUAGAGAUAGUAAUGAUGAAAAAAAUGAGAUUAUGACGAAAACAAAUGUUGACGAGGCAGCUAUAUCACUAUUAUUGAUGCCUGCCAUGAAUCGUUUAUCUGUGAGUCAAGACGAUAAUUCUGAUAUCGAUCGUUCUAUAUCUUUUCCCGAGCCUGAUCUUAACCAACUACAAGAAGAAUUUAUUGAACCCAUUACUCCCAUCGAACUGACGACCGCUGAGGAAAACAAAAGUAUUCAUGUUUUACCUAACGACGAGUCUUGGCCUAUAGCUGUAGAGAUUAGAAGCAAUUCGACAAGAAAAAAUGAGUGUGAUAUCGUCGAUGUUGUUUCAAUUAUUGCAGAUACACUAAAUUGGAUUGUAGGAGAAAUCGAAGCAUCAUAUAUAUCGAACAAAACGGGAAAUUAUAUUAUUGAUCAUGAUUUGACAGGAGAAAUUUUACGAAUUGUUCCAUUUUAUAUUUUACAUCUGAACAAAUCUGUAAUGGAUUCUAAAGACAAAACAAUUAUAUUAUCGGGAUGUGGUGGCGGUUAUGAUAUAUUUGGUACAUUACCCUUCUAUUUCAAAAUGGAAUCCGAUGCCCGAAAAAUCAUACUAGUUAGUUAUGCGUUUACAAGUCAAGUCUGUCUCGAUAAAAUUGGUCAAAAACUGACGAAUAUAUUGUAUAAAGUAACGGCUAAUUCAACAAUUGCUGAUGAAACAUAUUGUCCAGAAUGGCGAUUAUCGCAUCAAUUAAAUAAACCGAUUUAUACAAUACUGUGUGAUUACACUAUCACAACAUUGCAAUACAUUUUAGACGCUUAUGAAUAUAUAAUUAAACAUGAAUGCGAUGGCAUAGUGGAUGAAAUUUACCUUAUCGAUUGUGGUUCUGAUGUUCUUUUGACUGGAAAUGAGAAACAACUGGGUACACCCAUUGAAGACAUGUCACAUUUAAAAAUUGUUCAAUUAUUAAAUAUAAAAAAGAAAUAUUUGGGUGCUGUUGGAACGAAUAUUGACACAGGUCAUGAUGUUUUGCAACAAGAUAUUGAUAAUAGACUAAAAGCGUUAAAAAAUUCAAUAUUAUUGACAUGGACGUGGGAAUUACAAAAUGAAUACGUUAAACAAUAUUACGAUAUAUUUCAAAAAUGUGAACCGACACAUAGUAUUGUUCAUAGUUUAAUAUGUUCAGCAUUAGAAGGUCAUCGUGGUUCAUAUAUACCAGAGCAUUUAAAUAAAAGAGUAACAAAAUCAAAAGUAUUAUUAAGUGAUGCGACAAAAAUUGCCUAUUUAUUUGAUUUAGACGAUGUGGCAUCUCAAGUUACCAUUGCACCUUACGGUUAUCAGCAGCAACCAAUGAUGCAACAACAACCUGGUAUGGUAGGUCAACCACGUCCUCAGAUGCCUAUGCAACAGCCUGUUAUGCAACAACAGCCUAUGGUACAACAACAGCCUAUGAUGCAACAACAGCCAAUGAUGAUGCAACAACAACCGCAACAACAAAUGAUGGGUGGUCAACAACAGAUACCGUUUAUGCCACAGCAGCGACAAUUUUCAACACAGUCAGCUAUGGGAGGAUUUCCUCGUACGAAUAAUUCUCAAGGACAGACAUUCGAAAAUGAUGUUAUAUUAUCAAAUUUAACUGGUUGGUCGCUAAAUGAAGUUGAACGUCUUCGUCAUGAAUUUAUGAUGUAUGCAAAUCAGCACGGCGUAAUUGAUCGGGAAUCGUUUCGUAAACUGUACGUUGCAUCCUUAUUAAAUAUGAAUUGGGAAACAUUGGAACAUGAUGCCGAGGCGGCAUUUAGAAACUUUGAUGUAAAUUUAACGGGUGCCCUCGAUUUCAAUGAAUACAUUACAGCAUGUUCAAGAAUGGCACGAGAUAUGCAUGGACCACAGUAUUGA